GCUGCAUCGUACCCUGGUCGUAUCUUUUCUUCGCCUCUGCGCUCGAGCCGCGCCCUCCAAGACAGUAGCCCACUCUCUCCCUCAUCGCCCGCCCGAUCCCUCAGUCCCAGUGUUCAGCGUCCACCGCAGAUCCCACCUACCUGCCUACUUUGGGCCGCUCGAGACUCAACACCUUCUGUAGGCUCGCCAGCUUUUCCUUGGCCUACAAUCCACCAAAAUUGUCUCCCUCCUCUAUCAAUCACCUCCUUUCACCUCACCUCCUCUACCUCCCGCACCCUUUCCUAUUCUCUAGGCAUCUGCCGGCCUAGUUGUCACGACAUCCCAAAGGAAGAGUGGGAUUUGGAACAAUCAAGAGGGAAUUGGCAGUCCUCAGUGGUCGGUCCCCGAUUAGCGAGCAUUCCCGGAUCUGCGUGGGAUCAUUUCUCAGCAACAAAGGAAAUCUCGGAAACAAAAAGAGCAUAAUAAUUGACACCAGGGAGCGUAACCUGUUGUCUCACCCAUCUACGAAUACACUCACGGUUGCCGGUCCUUGGGUGCCAGCACCGCCGAAGUUGGACUGAUCGCUGUACGGUUGAUCUUUGAUCCCGUGGCGUGACUUCGACUCGACUUCUGCACCCUGCACACGUACACGCAACAGCCACAAACACCACGACAGGCUGCAUCCGGCAGUAGACUUUUUGACCCUCUGCACUUGGCAGCUUCAUUGCUGCUUCCUCCCACCCUGUAAGUACCUUCCUGUUCAUAUCCGAAGCCCUGGCUUCUAUCCAAUUUCGCACGAGCUUCAAACGAGCUGGCACAUUGGUACAAUCAAGUCGAGGCGUGGCUGCGCUUUGGCAACAUUUGACGAUCGUUGCUACACCUUUAUGUCUUCCAUCCGCCGUUUCUCCGCCUACAACGCUCCUACCACGAAACUAUCUUUAUUGUUCAUCAUGCUUUGACCGCCUACUGACAACUCACUGUCUAUAACAGACGUCCGUCCCCCGCAAUCGGUAUUCAGCCUCCUCGGGCUGCUCUUGAUGAGCCUCGUAGCCUGCUCAAUUUUGCAGCUCCCGGUUAGGGGUUGAUACACCUCGCAGUCGACCGAAUGCCUUACACACCUCCUUCCCACCAGUCCCCGGCUUCCUCAAAACAGUCCAGUCCUACCCCGAGCAGGUCUCAUUCAUACAUUAAAGGACAAUUUCUCUCUCCGGAGCUGCCGGCUGCCUCCGGACGACCAAACCUUCCUCGAUCCAACGGGUCAUCAUCAUAUCUCACAAAGCAUCGAAGGAGUCCCUCACUGAACGAAGCAAACAACGAUGUUCUGUACAAUGGCGAAGCAUAUCAAGAGAAUGGAAUCAUAGAUCCCUAUGGAAGCAUCCGCCAAUCGCCUCCUCCCGCAAGUAAUUCACUGAUACCAGCCGGGAUGACUAUCUCACCUCCCGAUUCCUCUCAUAACUCGAGUGAUGAUGAAGAGCUCGAAUCACGAGGACGUUCGAGGGAUUUGGAACUGGACAACCUGGAAGCAUUGCAAGCGGCUAUCAGGUCAAUAGAACAAAGAAAAACGGGCUCACCUACACGGCGUCAGAAGAAUGACAAGCCAGAGCCUGCUGCUUCUCAGUCUGACGGACAAAGUUUGUCACAGAACUCAGCUGUUCAACGCCCACCUUUAUCACAAGAGGCGAGGAAGAUUUCUCAUUCUCGAUCAUCGACAGAUUCAAACAUUGUCUUCGAGCCUGUCAAACCAUCCACUCCACCAACCAUCUCUCAACCAGACUCCGAUGAAAGUGACAGUGACGGUCCCUCAAACGAUCGUCCACCGAUGGUGCGAAAAAAGUCUGGCGAACUGGUUCGUCCAGCUUUACGACCAUCAUCAAGACGGCGGCCUUCAAGCAUGCCAGGGACGCCAACAUACUCCAAGGCUGUCCACUUUGACUCCCACCUCGAACACGUUCGACAUUUCCUUCAAGUCGAUCGACCACUCGCUGUCAGUGCCGGGUCUUCGCCAGUCGAGACCUAUGAGAGCGAGACAGAAUUUCCUUUUGGCUCGGAUGAGGCUAGUGCCCGACCUCGUGCCAAUGCAUAUGAGUGGGAUCUUCGGUUGCGAAACUUCGAUGAGAACAGCCCCGCGAGGAAAUCGCAAGUCGUCUUCGUCGAGCGGAUAUUCUUAUCAUCUGAUAACAAGAAUCUGAUUGGCACCGUCGCUGUUCAGAAUCUAGCUUUCCACAAGCAGGUUGUCGCUCGAUUCACCUUCGACUAUUGGAAAACCACUUCUGAGGUUGUGGCUGAUUUCAACCAGGACGUUCGUCGGAAGCCCAACAAUGACGGCCUCGACCGCUUCAACUUCAGCAUAAGGUUGAUAGAUCAGGCCAACCUUGAGAAUCGGACACUGUUCUUCUGUGUUCGUUACACUGUUAAUGGUCAAGAAUUCUGGGACAACAACUUGUCGCUCAACUAUCAGGUCGACUUUGCAAAGAAGUCCAAGGUCCAGCACAGCUUGCCCGGGCUAGGAGCCAGACCUAUAACUGCACUGCCACGGACACGACAAUCUCCACCUACCUCGUCUGGACGACCAAAAGGCUUACCGUCUUCAUUUGAUGACUUCACGACUGGUUUCGAUAACUUUGGUUACCAAUCAGCAGGUGCACUCAUGGGUGAACCCAAGCUCAAGCUGAGGAGUCCGCGAUCGAAAGGCGACCUGAUUUCCGAUGCCCCAUCUCGCCGCAAGGCAAGUAAUGGACAGGCAUUUGGGAACAGGUACGACUUCAACUCGUCGCUGAGCGCUGCCAAAAACUCCGCCUUUGCUGCCUUGGGUGACUUUUCCGGCUUGACGACUUCGAGGGUAGAUACAAAGCGGUCUUCUUCCCACGAAGUUCCUGCGAGCACUCCUACGAAGAGCGUUGCCAUCGCUCCACCCAAGCAUGACACUGGCGUCAGUGGUUCAGUCGACGGAGCUUCUCCCAAUGCUCCGGCGGUUGCUCCUAUGACAUCCAAGCCGGCUGCUCUGGUGUCAGAGAAACCUUCCCUUACCUCUGAAUCCUAUCAGGAUCUUGCGAUGAAGGAACUCGUGGAGAAGAAAUUCUGUUUUUUUGGAACAGCCGGAACAAAUAAACAGGGUGAAGCCCUCAAAGCUGCUACCAUGAAUGUGGUUGAUGGAGCUGCCGACUAUUUGUCUGUGUCGGAUUUGAGUGCUGAUGGAAGUUCUCGAUCCGCGGAUUCGUCUGGUUCCUCUACUCCUGCACCACCUCGAAGUUCAUCACCUGCUCUGUCAGUCAAAGCGACCGGCUCUUAUUUUGUUCGGUCGCCUUCGCAAGCACCAUUUUAUGGCUCUCGAUCUCAAUCGCCAGUUUCUUUCGGAUAUCCAUUUCACUCUUCUUCUCAACAUACCUUGAUGAGUGAAACGCCGACACCAACGGCAAUUCGAGGCUGAUAGUGGCUUUCGUUAGCUUCAGAGCUUUCCACCAUCUUGCUUGCAUACCGUUCUGUGGAGCAAUGUCGCCCCAUAUGUAAACAGUUCUCGACGAGCUCUCCACCACUCCAGGAGACGGUUCUUUGCGGGCACUCGAAUUCGCAUGGAGCGGGCAUGCAGCUCGAAUUCAAGCGUGCACAAAUUUGUGAUUUUGUCUGAUGUUCUUUUAGCGCCCAGACAAUCGUUUUUUACCUUAUCUUCCAGCAUUGUCAGGAUUCGACGGCAAUCUCUUUCUCUCCCAGCGGCGUCCUGGCAUGAUAUUAUUUCUACAUUGUUAAUAGAUGCAGUUCUUGAUUUUCAGUCACAGAUCGGCCAAAAACGUCGACGGCAGGAAUCUGAAAGAAUCAGAUUCCGAGGACAGGGUUUAGAACGGUACCAGCGAUCAAUCAUAAUGAUGAUGAUGUUGUUGGGCCGUACAUAAAAAGUUUUUGGAGGGUAGCGGACUUCUUCUUUUAAUUGCUUUUUCGGACAGGAACGAUUUGAUGAUGUGUCCCCAAGUUCCGACGUCAGCGAUCAAGUUUUUUCAGCCUUUUCAGAAUUUUUGGAGUUAUUCUGGUGACGGUCUUCUCUCUCCUCCGAAUUCGUUGCUCUGGUUGCAUGGUGGCUUGUGCAGAAGGCCGCACUGGCAUUAUGGCCUGGCAACUUCGCAUGAUGCAAAUUGCGGACAUGAGGAAAUUGAUUGGACGAAUUGAUACAUGACCGAGUUGAUGGGAUGAUGGUGGUAUGUCUCUUCUUGACCGAUGAGCAGUGGGUGGAAAUCUUUGCGGCCUUGCUUGUGAAGGAGGGUUGUUGAGGUUAGCCUUUGGGAUGUGGUUGUGCGUAGUACCCCUUGGUCUCGACAACUACUCUUUCUCUCUUUAUUCUUGAUGAGCCAUAGAAUUGCCAUUCAACAUUUUGA